GCCAUCCUCCACAAGAGCACGCCUUCUCUACUGAAGUCUCUUGUGUCUUCCUUCAAUCCUUUUGCUUUCCAAAACAAUGUCUCAGGGAAGAGGCAGUGCAUCUCGAGUCGCCGCCGCCGCUGUGGCGGUCGCGCUCAUUUACCUCUUCGCUCAAGCUGAGUAUGCUCGAGCGGCAACCUACACAGUCGGUGGCUCUGGUGGCUGGACGUUAAACGUGGCGAGCUGGCCCAAAGGCAAGAGAUUCAGAGCUGGUGACACUCUCAUAUUCAAGUAUGACCGGACGCUCCACAACGUUGUGGCGCUGAACAAGGGCGGUUACGACAGUUGCCGGACUCCAGGGGGAGCGAAGGUUUACAGUUCCGGCAACGACCAGAUCAAGCUGGUCAAGGGCCCGAACUACUUCAUAUGCAACUUUCCCGGUCACUGCGAGUCGGCUAUGAAGAUAGCUGUGAAUGCAGCUUGAGAGGAUGAGAAACACGCUAUAAGCUGAUAGUAAUGGAGAGGAAUAACAUGGCAUUCUUCAAUGCUUUGAUUCUGAGUAUCUCUGUCUCUCUGUCUCUGUCUGUCUGUCUCUCUGUCUGUCUCUCUCGCUUGAUGUAAAAUAUUUGCUACAUAUAAUGAGCAAAAGAAUCACUAGUCAAUGUGA